UCCAAUGCGUCGGACGUACUGGUUGCUUAACGUCUCCUCCUAUAACACGUCAGUUUGGUUGGACUAUCGCAAAAGAAUGGGCUUCAAAAGGAAACAGCAGCAGAGCGUCUCUGUGAACCUGUCGGUUGUUAUCAUGUCUGCCUGGCUGAGUUAAAGUGCUGUUCUGUAGAGUUUACUGCUGCCAUGAUGACAGCUGAGCUCGGUUGUUUUUAACGACCUAAGGGGAUCUUUUUCAAAUUACACGUUCUCCACCGAACUUGGAAACUGUUUUUGGAUGACCCAUUUCAAGCUUUUUGGACUCCCUUUCAGCGGGAUCUUCUGAUUCAACCUCCUGACUGUUAAUCCGCCUCCCUUCUGACAACUUGUGACCUCACAGCUCGCUGUCCUGAUGUUUCGGUGAUAUGGGAGAGAGGUGGACGACUGAGACAUCCAUGGAAAACAACGAGAUCUCAAGAAUGUCACAUGUGAUGAUGUCCCCCUCAAGACAGAGCAAUCUUGAGUUGGCAUACUCUUUAUCCACCUACAGUGUAAUCGGUGCCUUCUGCACAGAGGAUAAUGUCCCUCAGUGUUUGUUACACAUCAAUCAGGAGCUUGCGUCACUUGGCCUCCCUGUGUGCAUCGAGGCCAGCUCUCCAGAGGGAGCUAACCUGAAUGCAGUGCCAGUUCUGAACGCAGUCUAUGAGCUGCUACAAAUUCACAGACGAGACAUGUGCACUUUAGAGGAGAUGGAGAAAGAACAGAUGAAGAAAUCAAGUUCUUUAGAUCUCAUUCAGAUGACUAACUCCAGACUCAAGGACCAGCUGGAGCUGUCCAUAAGGGAGAAGUCGGGUCUGUAUGAGACCGAGAGGCAGCUGCAACUUAAACUUAAGACUCUGCAGCGUUGCUUAAAAGGCGAAAAGGAUGAGGUUCAGAAGCUCCAAAGCAUCAUCGCCAGCCGGGCAUCUCAGUACAGCCAUGAUGCAAAGAGAAAAGAAAGAGAGGCUGCAAAGCUGAAGGAACGCCUCAGUCAGCUACUGAUUGACAGAAAGGAUAAGAAACUAGCUAUUGAUGUGCUGAAUAACUUGGGACGGUCAGAUGGAAAAAGGAGCCAAUGGAGGACGACAAAAGCCACAGCCAGCCACGAGGGUGAGAUGUACAAAUUCUUACUCUGUGACUAUGAGGAGAGUCAGAAAUCCUUGGUCCUGGAGAACGCUGAGCUUAAAAAAGUCCUCCAGCAGAUGAAGAAGGAGAUGAUGCAUAUCCUGAGUCCAUGCCAGCCCUCUUCCAGAGGAGCCACUGCUGAUGAAGAGCUGGCUGAAUCAGAUGAAGAUGAAAAGACAAGGGACUCUAGCAGGGACACACUGGAUCAGUCUUGUGAGCAUGCCAGGGAGCAGCUCACCAACAGCAUCCGCCUGCAGUGGAGGAAACUCAGGAACCACGUAGAGAAGUUAGAUAACCAAGCCUCUCAAGUGCUGCAUCAGAUGGAGUCCAACAAAGAUAUGAUUCCCUUUGAAACUCACCAGGAUGAAAUGGAGAGGAUGAGACAUGAAGUCCAGCAGUGCAAAGAGUUCAUUCAUGCACAGCAGCAACUUCUCCAGCAACAACUCAGCACCUCGUUUGAUGAUGAGACGGCAGCUCUUCUUUAUGACUGUUACACGCUUGAGGAAAAGGAGCGCCUGAAAGAAGAAUGGAGGCUUUUUGAGGAGCAGAAGAGAAACUUUGAGAAAGAGAGAAGGAACUUCACAGAAGCUGCUAUUCGCCUUGGCCGAGAGAAACAGGCCUUCGAAGAAGACCGUGCUGCUUGGUUCAAGAAUCACUUUUUAAACAUGACUCCCUUCACGAAUCGCAGAAGAUGCUCAUCAUCAGACGGUCAAAGCUCCUUGUCAAUCAUAAGUGAACCAGAGAUCAGGAUGUCAGUGAAAGCUCACAAGGCAAAGGCGUCAACCUACACUACAUUUUCCACUCCUAAAUCUUCACGAAGCACCGCUGCACCAUCCACUACAGACCUUUACCGAACACUCCGUCUGAUACCAGACUGCAGUUCCUCCAUGCAUUCAAAUCAAGUCUGGCAAGAGUCUAGCACCAAUGGAGAUGAAGAUAUUCGAAUCAAGUCAAAAAGCAGAGGUCUUCACUGUAGUGACUUGGAUAUUUUUGCAUUGGGUGAAGAUGACAGCCUCACUUAAAGGAACAUUUAUGCCUUUUUUUUCCCUGUUUUGCUGGAUUUUAGUUUUUGUUUUUAAAGCCUGUUUUAGACUAAAGGACAGAUCCACAAAGAACUGUGACCCUUUUUUCAGAGAUGCACAGAUAAUUCACCAAAGUCUGACGAAUAAGAAAUCACUUUAGCAAAAUGCUGCUGUCUUUUUUUUUUUUGUACUUUAGAUUUUAAGCUAUUGUCAUAUACCAUAGAUUAUGGUAAAUUGUUUUAAGAAAUAAGUUUUUGAUUUUUAGUAAAAAUUAGAACAUAUUGACCCCUUUUUGAAAUGUUUAUUAUUGAUUUUAAUUGAAUUGCAGAUGCAAAUCAGUGCCUGAUGGCUUAAUAAAGAAUGUUUUUAAUGAA